CAUGUAUAUUUUUAUCAUAAAAAAAAACAGUGUAAGUGUGUUCAAAGUGUGCACUGAAUUUGUAAUGCCAAGGGACAGAGACCCUCUGGUUGUAGGGCGUGUCGUAGGAGAUGUAUUGGACCCUUUUAUAAGGUCGAUUUCUCUGCAAGUUGUUUACGCCAUUAAAGGUGUUAGCAAUGGCUGUGAAUUCAAACCUUCUCAAGUUGUGAGCCAGCCUAGGGUUAAUGUUGGUGGUGAUGAUCUUCGGACCUUCUAUACUUUGGUUAUGGUGGAUCCUGAUGCGCCUAGCCCAAGUGAUCCUUACCUGAGAGAAUACUUGCAUUGGCUGGUGACUGAUAUACCAGCAACAACAGGAGCUACUUUUGGGCAAGAGGUGGUGUGCUACGAGAGUCCUCGACCAUCGGUCGGAAUUCAUCGCUACGUAUUCAUAUUGUACCGGCAGCUCGGUAGACAAACAGUGUACGCACCCGGGUGGCGCCAGAGUUUCUGUUCGAAAGAAUUUGCUGAGCUUUACAAUUUGGGCUCACCUGUGGCUGCCGUCUAUUUUAAUUGCCAGCGGGAGUCUGGCUCCGGUGGAAGGAGGUCAUAACAUGAAAAAAUAAAUAAUAAUUAUAUUUAUUCACAUAUUAAGAUAUCAUUAAUAAUGUGUAAUGAUGCGUGUUUUAAGUUACGGAUAUAAUUGGUAUACAUACAUGUUUAUAAAAUUAUAUGUAUAUAUACUAAUUAUAUACUAUACAAUAAACAUUUCCUAAUGGAAAUAUAUUAAUGUUGUUAAUUAAGGUUUGGUGAAGUUUGUAACGGUGUAAGUUAAUUUAUUGCAGAUAGAAUUAUCAAAAAAAAAAAUUAUUGCAGAUAGAGACUGCAUAUA